GGUAUCCCUGCUGCACGCACACAUUUUGAGUCGUGUGGUCCGUUCGUUCAAAAGCACAGGUCAUCCGACCACAAGCACGUUCCCAGAGACGAAGGCUAAUCACUACGUUCCCGACUCAGCUCAGGGAGAGGUCAUCAGCAGCGGGGGCCUAAAUGUUUCUCGUGCUCGCUCCUCAAAUACAGUGUAAAGAUAUGAUGCUGUAGCUCAUGCGAUAUAUAGCAUGGUAACAUUCCACCUCUAGUUCUGUCAAAACGGAUAGCACGGUGAACAUGGUGAAGAAGAAGAGCGAGAGACAAUUUUGAGAUAUAUCUUCUCGUUAACAUUUCUUAGAGCACAAGCUGUGGAGAAACUUUCAUCAAGUUUCGAUGAAUGGUAUUCUACGACUUACCACGAUGAUGUCACGGAAAAGGAGAUGCUGCUAUGUCUUCACGGCUCUCGCGUUCACCUGUGCAUGCUCAGUGGUAUUUCCACCGCGUGACAUGCGAUCGGUGUUCACCGACUACUUGACGCGCACCCAUGGGGAGACGCGGAGGCUUCUGCAGAACAAUGUCGUGAAAUCGGCUUCCACUGCGGAAAUUCGGGAAGUACCAAAGAAGGAAGCGAGUAAGAACGAGAAGGAGAAGUACCGAGUGCCGAUCUUUUGGGACGACGGCGAGUUCAUGAAUGAUGACGAGCUCGAGAAAGAUGAUGAUCGUAGAGAUGAAGAGAAAGGGCACGUGGUCGAAGCAAAGAGUGCGCUAACUGAACCUCACGUAGAAAGGAACAAUAGUACCAACGUCGGCAGUGGUGCCAAAGACUCGGUUAAGUCGAACCAAAGUAAAAAUAUACCUGGUAAGACACAAAAAAUAAAUGUUUCAAUGAAUGACGGGACGAUGGCGGUCCUUGAUUACAAAAUGUCUCAGUUCCAGACAGUUAAGUCAGCGGUUAAAUCUCAGAGUGAAGAAACAGGUGAAACAAAUGAGACUACUAACAGGGUCCUUCCCGUUCACCUCCUGAUCGUAACCCAAAGAAGAUCAGGCUCGAGCUUCUUGGGACAGAUCUUCAACCAGAAUCCCUGGGUCUUUUUCCACUUUGAGCCCCUGAAACUUCUUGAGAUCAAGAAACGUAUUUAUCCUAAUGCUUCAUAUCUUCUCCAGCAUUUACUAAAGUGUCGUUUUGACAAGACUCCUUACCUAACCGAUUUCUAUAACAAUGAAACGCUGCAUAGAAUGUCGAGUAAAGUGCUAUGUUCACCUCCCCUAUGUAUGACAAAUGUGGAUUACAAUAGUAUGAGGUCUAGCACCGUCAAGAAAUGCAAUCCUCUUGAUCCCAAGGCAAUGGCCAGCCUAUGCAACCUACACCCACACAAAGUUGUGAAACUCAUUCGUCUAUAUAGCGUCGAAUCUCUAACGCCUUUGCUAAAAGACAAAAGUAUAAACCUUAAAAUCAUCCACCUCUUGCGCGAUCCAAGAGGGACGCUGUCUUCGAGAUCGAAGGAGAAUCACACGAGCACCAAAGAACUUUCCUUGGGCAAUACUCUCACUCAUGAUGCUACAUAUAUCUGCCGUAGGAUGAAACGCAACUUUAACUUUGUCCAAAAGAACCCGGAACUUCUUCGGGAUCGAUACCUCAGGAUCAGGUACGAGGACAUAGCUACCGAUCCUGAGGGUUGGACCAGGGAUCUUUACAAAUUUGCAGGAAUAGGGGAUGUCCCGGGAAAUGUGUAUGAUUGGAUCCAGCAAAAUACACACGAAAGCACUUCGGAGGAUGCGCGUGACAUUUAUUCUACGCACAGGAACUCUUCGGCCAAUGCGCAGGCGUGGCGCCAUCACGUGACGUUCCCAGUGGUCAGUGAGAUUCAAAACCAUUGUGGUGGCGUGAUGGAGGAGGCGGGUUACAGGCUAGUCAAAGAAGCUUCUGACCUGCAAAGGACUAAUUUAAGUUUUGUUUCCCCAAUUACGUGAUGUUUAUUCACGAAUAACUCGUCACGAAUCUGUGACAUCUUGUAUGUACGAUGCAAUAAUAGUAUGUGAUGAUCAUGACAUUUUUUAAAUGAUUUUUUUUAAAAAUUAUGGCGGGCUCGUUGUAGGGCUUCCGGUUGUGCGGGGUGGGUACAUGGUUUAAUAUUAGUGAUAAUGUUUUGUUUCGGGUUUUUUUUUUGGGGGGGGGGGGGUGGGGUCAUCAUUAUUUUUUUCACAUCUCCCUAUGUGUUGUAUGUAUUUAUUCAUUAUAGUUAUUUCGUUUCACUCAUUGUUCGUUUUGCAAGGGAGGGGCAAGGAACGGGGCACACGUUGUGAAUAAUGCCAUUGGCAUGCUAGUUGAUUAACCAGACAUUUUUUUUACAAUUUAUUUGAAUUGUCAAACAGCUUUUGCGUGGGUUGCGUCGUUGUCGGGGAUGAAUAAAAACCUUUGAGAUUUUCUUAGUACAGUCUCAAAGCCACCCCCUAGUCAUUUAUUUCAUUUUAUGGGGUAGGUUUAUUCUUUAUAUGCAAAUAUGGAGUGCGUGUUAUUAUCUUGUGACCAAUUUUACUCUCCGUUUUCAAAACAAAAUAAGUUUUAU